AUAAUGUAGGAGUCGAUGAAAUUAAUGAGAUAGAGUUGAGCUUGCACUUUAGGCAUGAUCAUUUGGUAAAGUUGCAUAUAGGCUUCUUGGUCAUAGGAUGUGCAGUCAUUGGUAAAAUUACAGUACAUAUGGGCUUCUUAGCUUAA